CUGGGCCGGCGGGUUCCUCGGGUGGCGUCGCCGCGCGUCGCCGCGCCGCGCCCCGGGGCUCGAUGGCGAUGAACUACAGCUCCAAGGAGGAGGUGGACGGCGGGCCCCCCUGCGCGCCCGGGGGCCCCGCCAAGAGCCGCCGGCCCGACAACACGGCCUUCAAGCAGCAGCGGCUGCCGGCCUGGCAGCCCAUCCUGACGGCGGGCACGGUGCUGCCGACCUUCUUCGUCAUCGGCCUCAUCUUCAUCCCCAUCGGCAUCGGCAUCUUCGUCACCUCCAACAACAUCCGCGAGAUCGAGAUUGAUUAUACCGGAACAGACCCUUCCAGUCCCUGCAAUAAAUGUUUGUCUUCAGAUUCAACACCUUGUUAUUGUACCAUUAACUUCACAUUGGAACAGUCAUUUGAGGGCAAUGUUUUUAUGUACUAUGGACUAUCUAAUUUCUAUCAAAACCAUCGUCGUUAUGUGAAAUCUCGAGAUGAUAGUCAACUAAAUGGAGAUUCAAAUGCUUUACUCAAUCCCAGUAAGGAAUGUGAGCCUUACCGAAGAAAUGAAGACAAACCAAUUGCUCCUUGUGGAGCUAUUGCCAAUAGCAUGUUUAAUGAUACACUAACAUUAUUUCUGAUCGGCAACGAUUCUGAACCUACAGAAAUUGCUUUGAAAAGGAAAGGUAUUGCUUGGUGGACAGAUAAAAAUGUAAAAUUUAGGAAUCCUCCUGGAGAAGGAUCCCUGGAAGAACGAUUCAAAGGCACAACAAAGCCAGUAAACUGGGUUAAGCCAGUAUAUCUUCUGGAUAAGGAUGAAGAUAACAAUGGAUUCAUUAACGAGGAUUUUAUUGUUUGGAUGCGCACUGCAGCGUUACCUACAUUUCGUAAGUUGUAUCGUCUUAUAGAGCGAAAGAGUGAUUUACAUCCAACAUUACCAGCUGGACGAUACUAUUUGAAUAUCACAUACAAUUACCCUGUACAUUCUUUUGAUGGACGAAAACGGAUGAUCUUGAGCACAAUUUCAUGGAUGGGAGGAAAAAAUCCAUUUUUGGGGAUUGCUUACAUCGCUAUUGGAUCCAUCUCCUUCCUUCUGGGAGUUGUACUGCUAGUAAUUAAUCAUAAGUAUAGAAACAGUGGUAAUACUGCUGACAUUACCAUUUAAUUUUUUAUUCUGAAAACAAAUGUACUGCAUGUGCAUCAAGGCCAGUCCUAUUCAACCUAGCUUUCAAAUGCUGAUGUCCGGUUAGUAUGUCAUUUUUGAGGUUGGCGCAUAACUUUUUUUUAAACAGUCUGUGUCCUGUUCCUUUUUGUGGAUGACUUAUGAAAAUAUAUGACGGGUAUAAAGCAAAUUAGAUAUAUUGAGCCUAUCAACAUUGUAACUGCUAAAAUGACAUUCUCAUGUCUGCUUUUUUUGUUGUUGGACAGGUCCUAGGAUGCAUAGAGCCUCUUUCAUGUGAAAUGCUAUUACUGCUUAAAUGUUUAUGCUAUGUUGAUAUUAUAUUGACAUAUGAUGUAUAUGUGUGCCUGUUGUGUGAAGAAAGGGAUUACAAAAUGUCUGAGUAUAAUGAUUUGCUAAUCUUUCAGGAUUUAGAGUUAUGAAAAGAUGAAGAAGACCAAAUCUAAAUAAAACACUUCAUCAUUUUCAUGUGUUGUGUGUAAAGGCUUAAAGUUAACACCUUUGUUGAGGUGGUUUAUGUAUUCAAUUUAUGCAGUAUAGUUGUCAAGCAUAGCUUUGAUUUCAAAGGAUGCUUCAUUGUCUAGCAUAGGAAAUAGUGCUUAUGUCAGGUAGUUCUCAGGUAGGAGAGUUUAAAAUUCCUUUUUCUGUUUGGUUAAUAUGAUGCAGCCGGGAACCCUGACUCACUUGAUACAUUUUUACAUGUACGAAUUUCCCUUGAAGUUUACACUUCAUUUGGGAUGUGAGAAUAUAGCUGAGAUGGGAAAAUUUUUUGGCAGACCUUCAUAUUUUGCCUAACUGUAAACCAGUUGAAAAUAUUCAAAGGAGAUUGUUUUCAUUCUUGUGGUAUUUAGCAUUCAGAAAUUUGCUUCAGAAUUGGAAAUACCUCACACUUUUUAAUUUUGCAGGUAAGUAUUUUGACUUAAGCACUAAUACUAUAGAAAAUUUGGAAACAAUAAACUUUAUUUUCUCGCUGUUUAAUUCAAAAUUUGCAUAGAGAUUAAUUAUAGAUAUGUAUACACAUUCUUUUUAAUUUAAGGCAUCAGUUUUGGUUAAUUUUUCCUAAGACAUACUUUAAAAAAUAAGUUAUUUAAAUUUUCUAAAUAAAUUCUGGUGGUUUUGAAAUAUGUACAUGAUAAACUAUAAUAUAUAUGGUUGAUGUUAUUUUCUAUUUACUGGAAUUUUAAUAUUCCUUAAUAAAUGCUCUUCUAAUUUGUGUGACAUCUUAUUCUUGAAUGUAAACUUAUUUUUCACAUGCAUAAAAGUGUAUGUUUUAAUCAGAGGUGGCUUAAAUGCACUGAAAUUGCUUUUUUUAAACUAACUCAUUUAUAGAGAAAAAUGCUUGUUUAGAGUAUGUGAUGGUUUCUUGAGUUAUAUUUUAAAUCAAAAGGUCCGGGUAACGUAUUAAUUUUGAUAAGUACAUACUUUUUUUAAAAAAACAAAAACAAAAAAUAAUGUUAACAGUUAAUGGUAGAAAUGUGCCACACUUCUUGCAUUUUGUGUAGCCUGAAAUUCAGUUAAAAGAACGUCUAGUAUGAGGUAACUAGUACACGAUUAUUUUGAAAUUUCUGAGUGCAUAGAAAUACUGUUUUGUCAGUCUUUCAGAGUGUUUAUUCUGAUAUUGAUUCUUUUGCAUACGGCAGUUUAUUUUCUGAAACAUCCCUGGGAGACAAAAUUUCUGCCAGUCUUUUCAGAUUGGGUAAUGCUAUUAAGGAUGACUGUUGUCUUGCAUUUCUUUUUGUAACUGGAGGACUAACGGUGCCAUUAAAGAAAGUUGGAGAAACUUACUAACACUUUCUUAUCUGUGCUGGAGGUGGAAUCUUAAAUGUUUGGAGUUUUGCUUUCUUCAAGUACACGAUGACCUUAAGUUACUUCCUGUUUCCUGCCAUUUGAGCUCUGAGGAAGUCCUAUUGCUGAAUAUGAAGACUCUGGGACAUUUCUGUGUCCUCUGAAAUGGGGAGGAGGGGAAACUAUCCUUUUUAGCUCUAUUUAUGCCCAUCUUUUAGAGACAUUGAUUUCAGAGUCACUUAAAAAAAAUCAUAUUGUAUUAUAAGACAACUAAGUCAAAUAGAAGACAAUGAAAAGUGCAUUAACUUGCGGAAAGUGUUUUGAUACAUCAAGUUUCCCAGUUGAAGGAAUUAUUUAAAUAAGUAAAUUUUCUUCCUACGAAGUGUCAUUGAAAUCCUAAAGCAGUUAAAAUUGGUUUAAAGAAUUAAAAAAUAACUGUGCUACCUAAGAGAGAAUUUUUGACCAAGAGGAAAGUCAAGUGAAUAUUGUUUAUUGACUAGUAAUUGUUUAUUUGUAACCUUGAUUAUAUUCAAGAUAACUUUCUGUUAGUAUGCUCUGUAUAAUAAAAAUGAACAAAAUUAACUU